AGCGUGCGAGCUGACGCUGUUUAAGGAAGCUCAGGCUGCAGGCAGAAAAUUGCAAAUUCAAAUUCGUUUAUUGAAUCAAACUUAACCUAACCUUAGAGCUAAAUACAUCGCAGUCCGAAAAGAACAGAGCAGCGGGCAUGUUGUACAUUUCUAUUGUAACUUUACUCUUCACUCAUAAUGGUAUAUCAAGUAUCCAAGCGGAGGAAAUAGAAGAACGAACAGCGGGUGUGUUUAGUAGAAUGAUACCGAUAAUGAUACCGAUUAAUCUGGCGCACCUAGAACAACCGUUUCAAGAUGGGAUACCCGGUGAUGGAGGGAAUAUUGUACUGGGAGCCCAAACUUAUCAGAACGGUAUGACUUUUAACGUCGAUCCAAAUGGCCCGAACAUAUUUGGAGCAUACACAAAUCACGUAAAUCAAAAUUUCAAAUUCGUGGGAAAUCAAAACCAAGCACAACCGAAUGGAGGUGGAAUCCAAUAUGGAUCCUCAACUGUGCAGAUUAAUAAUCAUUAUAAAACCAGAAAGUAUGCCAGAAACUCGAAUGAACCACGUGGAUAUCAAUCAGGUCAUGCGCAGCCUGAAGUCAACGCCGAAACAGAAAAAAAGUCACAAAAUACUGCAGAAAGUCAAGCGUAUGCGGCACAACCCAACUCAUCAAGUAAACACUUAAGUUUAUCAUUUAAUAAAUUUUGUGUAUACUUUUCAGUUGUACUGUUCAAAUAUUGCUUGUUUUAGAACAAUAAUAUUAGUACAUAUUAUACCUAAAUUCUGUGG